AACAAGUAUGUGCCACCGCAUCUGAGAAACUCUCAGGGCAGUGGUGGUCGCACCAGCGACUCUGUAUCGGACGGCCGUGGCGGAGACCGUCGCGAUUCCUACUCGGACCGUCGUGGAGAUAGUGGCGGCCGUGGCGGUUAUGGAGGAGACCGUCGCGGCUCCUACGGGGACCGGCGCGGAGAACAAGGACGCCGCGGACAAUCUCGUCGUAACGCUCGUGGCUUUCACGGUGACCUCAAGGAAGACCCGCGCACACAAGCACGUCUCUUUGGUCGCGACGACCACCAAACGACAGGAAUCAACUUUGACAAUUAUGACAAGAUUCCCAUUGAAGUGUCGGGAGACGAUGUUCCCGAUCCUAUCGAAACCUACUCCCCCGAAACUAUCGGAGACGAUCUCUUUCGAAACACUCAGCUAUGCGGCUACUCACGUCCUACUCCAGUCCAAAAGUACAGUGUUCCUAUCUGCACUCAGGGACGCGAUCUCAUGGCCUGCGCGCAGACGGGUUCUGGAAAGACGGCAGGUUUCCUCUUUCCCAUUAUCAUGUCCAUGAUAAAGCGAGGUGGAAGCGACCCACCCGAGAAUGCUCGCCGUCGUAUAUACCCCGAGGCGCUGGUAUUGGCUCCUACACGCGAGUUGGCUCAGCAGAUUCACGAAGAGGCCAAGCGUUUUACCUACGCUACAGGCAUUGCUUCGGUAGUGAUUUAUGGAGGAGCAAACGUGGGCGACCAACUGCGUGAAAUGGAGCGCGGCUGUGACUUACUGGUCGCCACCCCGGGUCGUCUGGUCGAUCUGAUUGAACGGGGACGUCUCGGCAUGGAAAGCGUCUCGUUUCUUGUUCUGGAUGAGGCCGAUCGCAUGUUGGAUAUGGGUUUCGAGCCUCAAAUUCGUAGGAUCGUGGAAGAAUCGGGCAUGCCCGGUGGUAUUGAUCGCCAGACAAUGAUGUUUAGUGCCACCUUUCCCGCCAAUAUUCAGCGUUUGGCAAGCGAUUUCAUGCGUGACUACGUUUUUUUGACGGUUGGACGCGUGGGCUCCGCCUCCAAGGAUGUCACCCAAACUGUAGAGUUUGUGGAGGAACGCGAUAAGGUUGACGCCUUGAUGAAGUUUCUUUUGACCAUUCAAGAUGGCCUCAUCCUAAUUUUUGUUGAAACGAAGCGCUCGUGCGACUACGUUGAAGACGUUCUCUGCGGCCAAGGAUUUCCUGCCUGCUCGAUCCACGGCGAUAAGUCACAGCGCGAACGGGAAGACGCACUUCGCUAUUUUAAGAACGGAAAUACGCCAAUUCUUUGCGCAACUUCUGUAGCCGCCCGAGGAUUAGAUAUUCCGAACGUUACCCAGGUUGUCAACUACGACCUUCCGUCCAACAUUGAUGACUAUGUGCAUCGCAUUGGACGUACAGGUCGCGCAGGAAACACUGGGGCAGCGCUGUCUUUUAUCAACGAGAGUAAUUCGGGUGUUGUCCGCGAGCUGCGCGAUCUUCUCGACGAGAAUGAGCAGGAUGUUCCCCCUUGGCUCAAUCAAAUGUGCCAGUUUAGUGGCGGCCGUAGUAGCGGCGGAGGUGGUCGAGGAGGAGGCGGCCGUCGUGGCGGCGGUGGCGGAGGUUUUGGCAGUCGUGAUGUACGCAGCAAAGGUGGCAAUGAUCGCGGACAAGGCGGC